AUUAAAUAAACAAGUGUCCCAAAAAGGGACCAUAGGCGAAAAUUACAGUUUGAAAGGCCUAAAGAUUACUGGGUCCAGGAGCUGCUCCACAAUUAACAGCCCAUCUUUGCAAUCAAGCGGGUCAGCAUCACGAUUCACGGGGCAGCCGUGAACCCGACCCAAUUUGUUGGUGUUCGGAUCCUCCUGAGAGAUAUAGUCGUAGCUCGUCGGGGAGAGAGGGGGAAGAAAUGAAUGUGAUCGGGAAAGGUGUUCGAAGCAUACACACCGCAGUUGACUCUCCACGACUCACAAGAUUUGCUCUUCAACCUCCUAAAUUUGUAGAGGUGGAGUUUGAAAACGGCAGUCUGUAUAAGUUGUCAGCUGAGUAUUUGAGAAUAUACAGUCCCGCUGUUGAUAGUAAGAUCAGAUCAAUUUGCGGCGAGAAGGUCAUAUCUGGUAGGCGUCAUGUAGGAAUUAUGUCUGCAGAACCUAUUGGAAAUUAUGGAGUGAGGUUAUUAUUUGAUGACUUACAUAAGACUGGUAUCUUUACAUGGGACUACUUCUACCAUCUUGGAAGUAACAAAUUCACCCUCAUGAGAAAUUACAUCAGAAUUCUGAAGAAACAUGGACUAAGCCGGGAUCCACCUAGACGAAGAUGACUAUAUGACGUGGCCUUGAGAAGGCUGAUUCGCACUAUUUAAGCUGGAAAACAUUCUCCCCACAUGCUCAGAGUGAAAUCGUGACAUAAAAACAUGCUGUUGCAAAUAUUUCAAAGACUAGCUCUUUAUAUGUUAUCAUAUGUUCAGUGGAAUUUGUGGCGUGCUAUACUCGAGAUCUAGAGAUUGAACAUGCGACACAAAAGAGGUCAUUAGUUUCUAAGGAACAUAAAGGAGGCUCUUUGUUUGUAAUUUUGAUUUGAGAAGCAUGUUGGUGUUGCAGAACAUGCUUGAUUGAAUGGAAGGAACAGUAAACGUGGCAAGUUUGCUUUUUUCUGUUUUCUUUUACUUUUGUCAAAUAGAGGAUUAUGAAUUAUGAUAACAUUAUGGGCUGAAAAAGCCCCUUUUCAUGCACUGUCUCAAUCGAUGGCAGACGCAUGAUUUGUAAGGUAGGGUCGUAUUUGAAUUGAAGAUGAUGAGUCUAUAAUGAACUUUUGUAAUUUUUUAUGAUAUUCUUUAUUGAUUUAUUAUACAGUAAUAAAUAUUC